AGUAUCGCUUGGACCUCGCUUCGUGUGGUCGCGUUUUUUUGAUAAUGAACUCAAACUCGAGACAAUAUCGCGAAAGGUUGAUCGAUGAAGUCAAAAAAUACCCCGUUUUGUGGGACACGAAACAUGAAAAUCAUAGGGACAUCGACGUGCGAGACCGAUGCUGGUUAGAGAUAUCCGAGCGCAUGGGAGCUAACAGUGAAGUCCUUAAGCGAGAAUGGAAGAUCCUAAGGGACUCUAUGCGUCAGGCCCUGAAGCGGAUGAAAAGGGGUGACACAACAAAAGCUGGUGUUCCUUCCAAGAAGUGGCAGUACCAGAGUAGGAUGGCGUUUGUUCUGCCUCACAUGACCAUGAGGAGGAACCAGAGGCACGCAAUCCGCGAAGAUAUCAAAAUGGACGAGACCGAGGUUCAAUCAGACCAGGAGCAAGAGAUCUGGGACCCCGGUAACGCCGAUCAAGAUUCGCUGGAUUUAUUCUUCGCCAGCGUAUGUCAGAGUACGAAGCGCUUACCCAAAAAAUACCAAGGUUUGGUCAAGAGACAAGUCCUCGACGUUUUGCUGAAGGUUGAGGAGGAGUGUGAGAGUGAACAUGGGGAGUCAAAGGUAGGAGUCGCAAAGGGCUUUGAGUGACGGAGCUUGGAGGAAUAUGACAGGCCACAUCGGUAACAGUUGCGUCAGGAUCACGUGCUGAUGAUCGACAUCAGAGACAGUCAAAUCAAAGUGACAUUGAAGAGUGAAUUGUAAAUUUCAGGAGGCAAUACGUUCAAAUUAAGGAUUUUUAAUAAUUUUUACGUAUAGCGAAGUCCCGAGGAAAUACUUCUUCAGUAUAAUUUUGUGAAUUAUAUUAUUAUACAAUGGUUAAUUUAAAUAAAAAAAUCUGAAACCAAUUGUCGCAAAUAAAAUAUAAAGCGUCAUUAACAUCUGAGCGCAAAUGCCAGUGCUGUUAGCUUAUUAAAUUUUUUGGAACCGGAAUCAUAUAGUGAGUUAUCUCAAUCGGUUUAUAAAUCAACUUAACCUUUGUCUACGGCGCGAUAAGCACUAUUAUUGCAUGCGUAAGCUCGGCUGUUCCGACAAAACGGUUGUAAUUUCGAUAAUCUUAUUACAAUUUUUUAUAUGAAAAAAAUCUCUGAUUAAAUUCAGUAGUAGCACAAGUAAUAAAAUAGACAUUUUGAAAAACAUGAAAAGAAAACUUAGGUAGAUUUUUUACGUCAAACUUAUUAGCUGACUACCAAAAGAUGGUAAAGAUACCACGUAUAUGUAUUUCCAAUGGAGUCGUUUACUGAUCUUUUUUUCUUUUUCUUUUUAUUGCUUAGAUGGGUGGAUGAGCUCACAGCCCACCGGGUGUUAAGUGGUUACUGGAGCCCAUAAACAUCUACAAUGCAAAUGCGCCACCCAUCUUGAGACAUAAGUUCUAAGGUCUCAGUAUAGUUACAACGGCUGCCCCACCCUUCAAACCGAAACGCAUCACUGCUUCACGGCAGAAAUAGGCAGGGUGGUGGUGCCUACUCGUGCGGACUCACAAGAGGUCCUGCCACCAUUGAUCUUAACAUGUGUCAGCCAACAACUCGUAGGAGUGAUACAUAAAAAAAACAGUAAAAAGAAUUAAUGCGCAAAGAAUUGGUCUAAUAACUUUAAGUUGGCUCGUAUUGUUCCACUGUGCAAGUACUCGUUAUCGGGAAUAAAUUCAAUGGACGCGGUAUUAUCUUGCUAUUAUUUCACUAACAAAUCUAUUACUACAGCAUCAGCUACAAUCGCUGACAAGUUAAAUUUAAUACUAUUUAAGUAAUUCUUAAGUACAUAGCGUAACAGUGAAAAAAUAUUAAAAUAAAUGUUGUUUAAUU